CUUGAUCGCGUGUUGCUGCGCGAGUCCCUGCAGAGAGGCACCGAAUUAUUUUGGGCUACCCAAUUACCCACCAGGGCAUCCAAAGUUGAACCAAAAAGUUACUGGGUAGUUGGGUUGACCCAACAAAACCUGCACCCCGAAUUCUAGUGCAUAUUUUCUUCUGUCUUUUCGUGCUGGACUCUACUGUGACGAUGGCGGCCUCUCUAAGUCCACGGCUCGGGGCACCAUCAGCUUAAGAGCAAACGAUCGAGGUCUUCGCUGGGAUUGCCAACCACUCCGUCCUCCAGACUCCGAUCCAGUUCCCCCGAUCACAGAGCUAGUGACCUCGCCCGAUGGAUUGCGGCAGGGGCACGCCGAUCCUCGAGCUCGACGACGCGCACGGCAACGUCUACCGCUGCAAGCACUGCCGCACCCACCUAGCUCUCGCCGACGACAUCGUCUCCAAGGAUUUCUACUGCAAGGACGGGAAGGCUUACCUCUUCGAUAAGGUUGUGAACGUGAGUGUUGGAGAAAAAGAGGAUCGUAUGAUGCUCACAGGGAUGCAUACCGUUUCUGACAUCUUUUGUGUCCGCUGCGCAGUGAUUCUUGGAUGGAAAUAUGAGGUUGCGUUUGAGAGGACCCAGAAGUACAAGGAAGGGAAAUUUAUUCUGUCCAGCAGGGAUCAGCUGCUGGGGCCUGAAUGAAGCCAUUGUCAGGUUCCACAAGAUGCUCAGUAAUGUGGAUCGACUAGGACGACUCGAAUGGUGUAUCAAUAAUGAACUACUGCAAUUCGACAAGAUCAAACUUGUGUAACACUAGGUAACCGACUCCCGUGCUGUGUGAUGUACUUGUUGAUGGACCAAUGAUGGGUAUUAUGCGUUUGUGUUUCUGUUUGUGUUGUGAUAGUAUGUUGCUUUGACACCAGAUUUCGAUGGUCAGAGCAAAGAGUA